AUGUGUUUUUUGUUAGUAUAUAAAUUAAUAUUUUUCGACGUACAAUACACAAUAGUUUAGUAAAAUUUAGAUCUUUAGUUUAGAAAAAGGUAGUGAUACAAUUAAUAACAAAGCACUAAUAUAGGAUAUGCAUUAUAUGAAUUGAAAUAAUUUUAGGAAGCAGUUGAAUGCUACAAUGAAGCAAUAGCGAUUAACCCUAAAUCUGAUUAGUGUUGGAAUAGUAAGGGUAACUAAUUGUUAAAUAUUAAUUUAAAGGGAAUGCAUUAUAUGAAUUGAAAUAAUUUUAGGGAGCAGUUAAAUGUUUCAAUGAAGCAAUAGCUAUUAACCCUAAAUUUGAUUAGUUUUGGAAUAAUAAAGGUAACUAAUUCUUAAAUAUUAAAUUAUAGGAAAUGCAUUAAGAAAUUUCAAACAACACUAGGAAGCAGUUGAAUGUUACAACGAAGCAAUAGCUAUUAUCUCUAAAUCUGAUGCUUCUAGAAAUAAUAAGGAUAACUAACUCUUAAAUAUUAAUAUGUAGGUAGUCUAUUAUACAAAUUGA